CUUAAAGGCCAUCUGCCCCCUCUCUCCUGGCUCUCUGACCUUCUCCAUUUCACAUCUCUCGACCCUGACCGUCCAAUAGCGAAAUUGCCGCAUCUCCCCUCCCCUCAUCUCCGCCAACAUCGUCCAUGCGGCCGCCCCAAUCCCUGACGUCGCCAUGCUUGCUCUCGGCCACUGGCCGUCCAAUCCCAGCCCCAGGCCUUGGAGACGGCUAUGAUCGCCCGUGGUCCUCCUUCGCGACAUGGGCCGGCUCUCUGGCCUGCCCGUGUGAGACUGAGUGGCCCUUAUUCGCUACUUUGCGAGGGGAUCCUCAUGCGGAUAGACGUCAACUCAUCAAGGCCACCCGGCCCAGGCGGUCUGAGCGUGGCGGAUGCAGCAUGGCACACGCGUGCGGCGGCUCAGCAAAUCUAUUGGCUUGGCGGCCACUUCGCGGACAUCAAACCUGGUUGGAAAUGGAAAGGACCGCGCUCCAGGCUGAACCAACGGCCCGUUAUCUCGUCAGCCAGGCCACUUCGGGGACCUUUCCUGCUCCUCAUCGAACCCUCUAUUGGACGACGGAGGUCACCGAGGGAGUGAUGCCAUGUCAUGGGCAGGAUGCGGCAGUUCGUAUCCUCGCGAGGUGGAAAAGGGGGGCGGGGGCCAGGCGCCAACGAUGCGCAUCCCAGUCUGCCCGUCCGCCAAGCGGAGGCCAGCGGGCAAGCGGGCAAAUGGAACAGGUCAUGCGAGCCUGGGAACAAGGCCUGAUGGCCGCUCCGGCGACCUUCCUUCCUCCUCAUCAUACCCGCCAUUGGAUGGAGGUCACCGGGGGAGUGCCGCCAUGUCAUGGACAUGAUGCGGUGAUUCGUAUCCUCGCGAAGUGGAAAAAGGGGCCAGGCACGCCAACCAUGAGCAUCCCGGUCCGCCCGUCCGCUAAGCGGAGGCUACCAGGCAAUCAGGCAAGCGAAACCGCAAUCACGCAAGCAUGAGGAAGAUAGCCUCACGGCCAUUUCGGGGACCUGCUUGUCGAGAAGUGGAAAAAGAGCAUAAGCGUCGCUACUCAGAGCAUCAUGAGAGAUCGGGGGUCGUCUAUAUAAAGACACAAGCACCACGAAGAGCAAGAGCACUGCCUCGGAAUCCUGCAUUCACAACCCAUCGGGAUCACUCCGCGUUCCAUCUUAUUACACCCAUUACCUUCCACCAUGACAGCUACUCCCUCACCUCACCAAAACGACCAUGUCGCCACCACGCAGGUGCAGGAUGCCACGGAUAAGCACAUAAGCUCGCGAUGCCCCAGUAAUGCUAGCAACGACACAAUCGAUCAUUCCGCCGCACGUCAUCCUCGUGUUAUUGAGCUUGA